CCUCAAUAUUUUACUUAUACCGAUACAUCAUCUCUUCGAAGCAUUUCUCCAGGCUGCGCUCCAAACGUCUAACUCUUCAGUAACAGUGAGUGUCAGAGAAUAUGGUCUUGUAUUAGAAGAUUAUUUAUUUGCUUAUCAAUAUUCCUACAGCUACCUACUUAUUUUAAACUAUCUAAACAAUUACACACACAAGACAACAACGGAAUACACAAUCAAACAAACAUUUAACACAGAUAACAAUUAUUAACUACAUACUUAUACAAAAAAACUUCCCUAGGGCCUAGGGCUGUGAAAUAUCAAGAGAAAGUUCAAAGUACCAUAAAUAUCGUAGAUGUUUUUCCGUAAGACUUUAUUUUAUUUUGAAAAGCACUGCAUGAAUGACUGCUGCAUUCAAAGAUGCCAAUCAAGAGAAAUAUAAUUAGUCUUCUAGUAAUAUUCGACAGCAAAAUACGAUUUUGUUAAAAAAACCUAACGAUUAAAAAGGACAUUGGGUCAAAGCAGGUCUAGUGUUGUUCACAUUCAAUUUUUGUUUAAUUAAUUGUUAUCAGACGCGUCGAGGCGGCAAAUAAGGUUGCGGUUGAGUGAGCGAUUCUCGCGUCCCACUGCGCGCUGAUUGAAUACGCCUUAUCAGCUGAGCCCGGCCCUCGGCUAGUGGCACGAUGAAUUUAGCACUUCAAAACCCACAUGCAUGCAUUUUAUUUAAAUUGUCCAUUUAUAACAACUAAUAAAGAAUCGUGAAAUAUGAAAGUUUAUAGCACCAACGGGUACUUUUCCUAUGUAUACUAUUACUACUAAUCAGUUAUUUCGUCGGUACAUACGCCACGGGUAUAUUUUUUAAUAAGUUUUUGUAGUGUAUGUUAGUAGUAUCAAAAAUGUUAAUAAACAACGGGUUCAUAAAUAAAACGACCACGCUAUUCCUAUCGCUAAAACUCGCGGUCGUAUCGGAACACCCUACAUCGCAAAGGUGAGGGAAGAUUCUCCGCGAGCCGCCGACGGACGCGGCAGUGCGGGUGGUGUUUCGGCGACAUGACGUACUCUCCGUUGGAGCCGACGAGCCGAGCGGGCGCGGCCGCCUUCCUCCUCGUGUACUGCACACUGUUCUUGGACAACGUUUUACUCACCGCACUCGUGCCGAUCCUGCCAGAGUGGAGCGGGGCGACGGCGGCUCCCGCCGUGCUGCGCAACGGCUCGACGAUAUCGCUGGAGGCCGGCGAUGCAGGCGGCGAGGCGACGGCGGCGGGCGCCGUGCUAGGCGCACGCUCCGCCGCUCAACUGGCGUGCGCACCCUUGGCAGCCACCAUGACGACGCGCGUGGGGCCCGCUGCCACUCUGCGUCUCGCCGUACUCCUGCUCCUCGCAGCCGCGACGGGGCUGUCUUGGUGCGGCAGCAGCGUGUGCGCGGCGGGUGGAGCGGCGUGCUUGUGGUGCGGCGCCGCGGGGCGCGUGCUGCAAGGAUCGGGCGGUGCGCUCGGUGGAGUGGCCGGGAUGGCUUUGGUUUCACGAGCGGUGUCACCGUCGCGACGACAACAAGCGCUCGGCGCGUCGCUCGGUGCCGUCGCUCUAGGUGUGCUCGUGGGAUAUCCGCUGGGCGGAGCGACUGCCGGUCUGUGGAGUUCGGCAGCGCCGUUUCACCUCGUCGCCGGCGCGCUGCUCGCCAACCUCGGAUUGCAAUACGCCUACUUAAAGAAACCAGAGUACGAUAAGCCAGCCGGCGACGAGCCUCGGAGCACGGCGUGGGGAGAGUGCGCGCGAGGCGUCUGGAACGAGUGCGGAGCGGGUGCGGGUGCGGUGUUCCUGAGCACCGCCGUCAUGGCGGCCCUCGAACCCUGUUUGCCGCUGUGGCUGGAGCGUCGCUUCGGUGCACAGCGUUGGGAGCUGGGUUUGGUGUUUCUGCCAGAUAGUGUGGCGUACCUGGCAGCGACGAGCGGUUCCGCGGCACUGUGCGGCGGACGCGGGCUGCGGGCGCAGCGGGUGGCCCUGACGGGGCUUUGCAGUGUGGCGUUAGGCGGCGUUUUAGUGGCGCGCGCGUGUUCUUUGGGAGCUCUGGCGAUAGCGCAAGCCUGCGUUGGCGCGGGUGUCGGUGCGUUAGAUGCGGCCCUAGUGCCCGCGCUGCUGGCACGUGCCGACAGUCUGCCGCACGCCGCCGCACUGCUGCAGGCCGCCGCGAGUGCCGCUUAUGCCGUUGGGCCCGUGGCAGCUGGAGCCAUUUGGUGGGCGGCGGGCUUUGGCGCCACUCUGCGGGCGUUGGCCGUCGCUAACGUACUGUAUGCGGCGCUGCUCUACCGCCACUUCCAUGAUCGUCCCCUUCCCGACCAGCCCGGGAGCCAAGACGGAACGGAAGCGAGAGGCUUGGGGUCGGAACUGUUGCCACUGUCGUCUCCUUCGCCCUGAACGAUACGCCAUGUUCCGAUAUGUAUAUGUACCUUCUGCCUAAUCAAUUUUAUUUUGUGUAUUUAACUGGAUUGAUGUAAGCUUAAAGACAGAUAUACAAUAAAGAUGUCACUCAAGUU